AUGCAGAUUCACGUGCUCGAUGAAAACAUCCGCCUUGUACCCGGUGAGGAGGAACAUGCAACAUGGUUACAGGAUGUUGGAGAAGGAAAGAACUUCACUGCUGAUGGUGUUGACAUUGAAACUCCUGCCGACAUGUAUAUGGAGACUGAGAACGAAGUUAUUCAGUGGAUGUACACUUCUGAAGUCAUCUGUUCGCCUAAUCUUAUGGGCAACAUGGCACUACUGACAGUACGUAAUUGUGAUGCGAUAGAAUUAAACGAGAUGGUGUUGAAUAUGACGCCAGGGGAUGUGUAG